AUGUCAGAGGAUGUCGAGAGGAAUCGUAUGCUUCGCAGCGUAUCGUACCACCAUCUCGACCGAACACUUGCUAUGGACCGGAAAAGGUGUGAAAGAGCGUUGGAGCACUUCAACGACGCCUUGAAGAUUGACUCGGCAAUCGGCGACGAGGAAGCUCAGAACCUCUUGUGGCGAGUGCUGGACCCCAGUAGGGACCCGCUUUCCCACUACGCAAGUUAUCCGAAAGAGCGAGGCGAUUUAUCACAAGACGUGGUGGUUGAACGGGGCUUCUCGUGCUCGUACGGCUACAAUCUCAUCUUAGAGUCGGGGGUGUAUGUCGACCGCGACGUGUUCAUCGACGACGCGGCGAGUGUUAGCAUUGGUGCAAGAAGCUGGAUCGGUCAUGGAGCACGGAUUCUCACCUCCCUUCCGAUUCUGAGGUCGGGACAUGCUACAACCACGAAUGUGACACGUCUGGCAAUGGCGGUCAUCAUUGAAGCUGAGGUAGUCCUCGGGCAAGGGGUUGUAAUAUAUCCUGGUGUCACGCUGGCGAGAGGUACCGUGGUGGAACCAGCGUCAGUGAUCAAAGCCACCCCUUCAGUGUAG